AGUUCCGCGAUCUGCAAAAAAAAUAAAAUAAAAUAUAUAUAAUAUAAAAUAAAAUAAAAUAUCAACUCGAAAUCCGCGAAAAUGAAUGCAACAGAGGCACCUUUGGAUGCCAAUUCCAAGGGUACCUUGGAAGGCGACAAUAAAAUACAUUUCUCAAAAGAAGUUAAACAGGUCAUUGACAAAGUCCUCAAAUCUGAUGACCCUAUGGAUUCCCCAGAUUUCAAUUGCGUGGACUACAUAAAUCAACUAUUUCCGAAUGAACAGUCAUUGGCCACCAUUGAUGAUACCAUACAGCGCAUGCAAUAUGAGGUGUCAUUGAUUGACGAUAAUAUUCGCUCCGUGGUCAGGGGUCAGACCAACACCGGCCAAGAUGGUCAAAUGGCUUUGUAUGAGGCACAGAAAGUCAUUUCUACACUUUACGACCACAUCAUUGAUGUUAAGACGAGAGCUGAAAAGACUGAGGAAAUGGUAAAGGAAAUUACCCGUGACAUCAAGCAGCUGGAUUGUGCCAAGCGAAAUCUGACAUCGGCCAUAACGACUCUCAACCACUUGCAUAUGCUUGUGGGUGGCAUUGAAAGUUUGGAAAAGUUAAUAGAAAAACGUCUAUAUGGAGAAAUUCUAAAUCCAUUGCAAGCCAUUACGGAGGUCAAUCAACAUUUCCAACAGUAUUCGGAUAUUGAGGAAAUUAAGAAUCUGUCACAAAGUGUGGACCGCAUACAGGUGACAUUGGCCCAACAAAUCACGGAAGAUUUUAAGGAAGCCUUCUCGCCCACCUCAAAAGCCGGUGGUGGCAGUUCCAAUCAGCCUCGUUUAAGUUUGAAUCAAUUGGCCGAUGCCUGCAAAGUUGUCUCUGUACUGGAUCCUAAAGUAAAGAAAGAGUUACUUAAGUGGUUUAUUGCCCAACAGCUGGAGGAAUAUCUUCAUUUGUUUCACGAAAAUCAAGACAUUGCAUGGUUGGAUAAAAUCGAUAAACGUUAUGCCUGGCUCAAACGCCAUCUCUUGGAUUUUGAGGAUAAAUUCGGUUCAGUAUUUCCCCUUGACUGGGAGGUCUCGGAAAGGAUUACAGUAGAAUUUUGUCGACUCACAAGCGACCAGUUAUCAAAGAUUAUGGCCAAGAGAACAAAUGAAAUUGAUGUGCGAUUGUUGUUGUUUGCCAUAAAUAAGACUCAAGCUUUCGAACAGCUGUUAUCGAAAAGGUUUACAGGAGUUACAUUGGGCAUAAAUCCAAAUGCUACCGACAAACUAACAUCGCCAGCAAAUUCGGAAACCUCUUCGGGAGAUAUUGUCAUAAAUCCUAAUCUAGUUGUGUUUCAUGAUCAAAUUGGCAGCUGUUUCAAAGCCCAUUUGGAUAUUUACAUAAGAAGUAUUGACAGAAACUUAUCUGAACUUAUUGAGAAAUUUGUGGAACAGGUAAAGGAACCGUUGAAAAUUGCCGAUGCCAAAACCACGGUGUAUCCAAGCUCUGCUGAUCUCUUUGUGUUCUAUAAAAAGUGUAUGGUUCAGUGUAAUCAAUUGAGCAAUGAACAACCCAUGUAUGAGUUAGCCAUGGUAUUUAAGAAAUAUUUACGUGAAUAUGCCAGUAAGGUGUUGGAAUUUAGUAUACCGAAAUUGUUAAGCUCAUCAACGUCGAUCGGCAAAAGUAUGUCUCUUCUAACGAGAGAUAUGCAAAAUCUUUCGACUGCUGCUGGCCAAGUUAUACACAACUUCUUGAAAGAGGGUGAUGCCCAACGUUUUACACGUGACGAUCUCAUACGCAUCUGUUGUGUUCUGACCACAGCUGAGUAUUGUUUGGAAACAGUACAACAAUUGGAGGAAAAACUAAAAGAAAAAGUCGCAGCGGCAUAUGCAAAUAAGGUGGAUAUGUCGGAAGAAAGAGAUGUCUUUCAUCGCAUAAUAUCGAAUUGCAUACAACUUUUGGUACAAGAUCUCGAAGCUGGAUGCGAGCCCUCAUUACAGGCCAUGGCGAAAGUGCAAUGGCAAAGCAUUAACAACGUGGGCGAUCAAAGUGCUUUUAUAACAACUAUCUGCGCAAAUUUCAAACAAACCGUUCCCAUUCUACGUGACAAUUUGGCCACGUCGCGCAAAUAUUUUACACAAUUUUGUCAUAAAUUUGUAAAUGUCUUCAUACCAAAGUUUAUCAAUGUCUUGUACAAAUGUAAAUUGACUCUAUCGGAUGGCUCGAAUAAUGUCUUGGGAUGUGAACAAUUACUUUUGGAUACGCACAGUUUAAAGACAGCUCUGCUGGAUUUACCAUCAAUUGGUUCGAGUGUUAAUCGCAAGGCACCCACAUCCUAUACAAAAGUUGUGGUAAAGGAUAUGACGCGAGCGGAGAUGAUUAUAAAAGUUGUGAUGACACCAGUGCAACCACCAGCACACUUUACACAGCAGGUGCUGAAACUAUUACCCGAUAUAACAAUAGCAGAAUAUCAAAAAAUUCUAGAUAUGAAAGCCGUAAAACGAGUGGAUCAACUGCAACUCAUAGAUCUGUUUAAACGUACAGCAUCGGCAGCAGCAUAUGCUGGUCUCAAUGAAAGUGCCGAAGCAGAAGCAAAUACAGAUGUGCCACCGGUCGCCACAACAACUGGCACAGAGGAAGGAACUACUGAUAAUUUAAUAGCAGAUGCCACAGCGACUGAAAAUAAUGUUUCCACAAGUACCAGUGCCGCAGCGACAUCUACAUCGGCCAUUGGUUCAACAUCGACACCAAAACGAGCUUUUAUUUUCAGUGUGGGCAGUUUUACAGGUGGUAGUAGUACUGAAAAGCCUUCGGAUGGCACACCACAAUCCGGAGGAGAUCGUAGUCGUAUACGAAAAUUAGAAUAUCUGUUAAAGAAAAGAUUACCAUAAAUUUAAUUUGGAGUUGGGGCGGUUUCUUCGUCGCCACUAUUUUUUAUGGGGUAUAUCUAUUUCAUUUGCAACAUUCCAUUUUUUUGUUAUUUUUAGGAUAUUUUUUAUUACUAAUUUAUUUACACAUAUAAAUAUUUUACUGUCAUUACGAAUUGUGCAAUGAGAAUUAUGAAAGAAAGCAAAAUAAAGUUGUUGUUUAUACAAAUUA